AUGCCUUUUGGCCUGAAAAAUGAUGGGGCCACGUAUCAAAGGGUGAUGACUGUAAUUUUCGAUGAUAUGCUCCAUGACACCAUCGAAUACUAUGUUGAUGAUCUUGUCGUCAAGACAAAGGAAAAGAAAAACCAUGAGGAAGAUUUGAGAAGAAUUUUCGAAUGUUUGAGGAGAUACAAACUCAAGAUGAACCCACUAAAAUGUGCAUUUGGACUUUCCUUAGGAAAAUUUCUUGGGUUUGUGGUUCGAAACAAAGGGAUUGAAGUAGACCCUACCAAGAUUAAAGCCAUUGCUAAAAUGCCUCCUCCACGAAAUUUAAGGCAAUUAAAGGGGCUACAAGGGAGAUUGGCCUAUAUCAGAAGAUUUAUUUCUUACUUGGCUGGUCGAUGCUUGCCAUUCUCAAGAUUGAUGAAAAAGGGUGUUCCAUUUGAAUGGGAUCAGCAGUGCCAAAAUGCUUUAAUAGUAUUAAGGAGGAAAAUUGCAAAGUGGGCUGUAAUUCUCCAACAAUUCGCAAUUGAAUAUGUUCCCCAAAAAGCUGUAAAGGGGCAGGCUUUAGCAAAUUUUUUCGCAGCACAUCCUGUACCUGAUGACUCACCUCUAGUAAUUGAUUUACCAAAUGAAGAGGUUACACAAGUAGAAAUCCAGAAAGGAUGUGAGAUGUAUUUCGAUGGAGCUUCAAGAAGUCCAGAUGGCAAGAAGCAAGAAAAUCCUAAAAACAAUAAAGCUGGAAUUGGAAUUGUGUUUGUGACUCCAGACAAUGCUAUAAUCACCCAUUCUUUUGUCUUAAGUGAAGGAUGCUCCAAUAAUGAGGCAGAAUAUGAAGCUAUAAUUGUUGGAUUAAAAUUGGCAUUACAAAUUCCUAUUGAAAAACUAUCAAUUUAUGGAGAUUCAGAAUUGGUGGUAAAGCAACUCCGUGGAGAGUACAUUGCUAAGAAAACAAGUCUCAUCCCUUAUCGUGAAAAGGCUGAUCAAUUAAUUUCACAAUUUAGGAAAACACAUAUUUUCCACGUGAAGAGAAGAACAAAUAGUCAAGCGGAUUCACUAGCAAGUUUGGCUGCGUCACUCACCCUACUAGAUAGCAAAAUAAUUACUAUCACAGUAGGCGAAAAAAGGGUGUUUCAACCUUUAAAAGAGGUUUUUGACUUGGUUCCAAUCUUAGUCAUUACCACGAAAGGAGAAAGUAAGAAGGAUUGGCGAGAACCAUUCAUAGCUUACCUUCAACAUGGUAGGCUACCUGAAGAUAUAGUAAAAAGAAUUGAAGUGAGACAUAGGGCUACCAAAUUCAUCCUAUGGAAAAAUGGGUUAUACGAAAGGUCUUUGGAUGGAAUGUACAUUCGGUGUAUAGCCAAGGAGCGUAUUCAAGAGGUAAUGGCAGAAAUACACAUAGCAUGGGGUAUGGACAUUAUUGGUUCUUUUGUACCUCCAUCUUCAUCAAGAUAUCGACACAUCUUAGCUGCUACUGACUAUUUCUCAAAAUGGGCAGAGGCCGUGGCUUUAAAGAAUAUAAAAAGCACAGUUGUCUCUGAGUUCACCCGAACCCAUAUCAUUUAUAGGUUCGAGAUUCCAGAAAGUGUCAUCAUGGACAAUGGAUAG